CGACCAUCUCUCCCUCUCGACGAGACUUCGUCCGGGUAUAAAGGACUCCGGUUGUACCUUCAUCGGAGUCACAGAGCCAAGCGGCAUCGCAGAAGCCGACAUGUAUCCUCUGAUCGCGUGCAUGAUGGUUGGUAUGGCAGGGCUUGCCCUGGCCGAGCCUCCGGUAUCUUCGGGCUACAAUUACAACAGGCCGAGUGGAGGCGGCGGCGGCGGCGGCGGUGGAUACUCGUUCGGAGGUGGCGGCGGUUACUCCGGGGGUGGCGGAGGCGGAGGCGGAUACACGCAGGUGUCCCCGGGAGGUCAGACGAGCGAGGGUGCGUCGGUGGACGGUGCGCUGCUGGAGCAAAUUCGUCAAAUUUUGUUGAAGGAAGAGCUUCAGUCGCAGCAGAGCGGUGGCUUCGGGGGUGGUUCAGGAUACGCGCCGUCUUCGAGUUACGGAGCGCCCUCUUCGUCGUACGGUGCACCGAGCUCGAGCUACGGCGUGCCGUCCUAUCAGACUCGGGUCGUCGGGGUCGAUCUUGAGGGAAUAAGACAGGCCAUACAAGUCGCCCAGUUCAACCAAGUGAGCCAAGGUCAGGGCGGAGGAUACCCGAGUGGACCGAGCGGCGGGUACCCGAGCGGGCCGAGCGGAAGUUACGGAGCACCGAGCAGGCCCCCGAGCGGCAGCUACGGGGCGCCCUUCUAAGUUUCACCCGCGACAGCCAAAGUAGUUACGAGUCGAAGGGACGAGGAGAUUCAACCGUUUCUUCCUUUCUUUUUCUCUCAUUCCGGGUCCAAGUAUUCGAGGCUCUGCGGCGGUGAG